UUUUUUUUUUUUUUUUUUUUUUUUUUUUUUUUUUAAAUGAAAACAAAAACAGAAAAAGGAAGAGUAGUACUUGCUUUCUCUUUCUCGAUCCCUCUCUCUCAAAAUCGCUGCUCUCAGUUCCUCUCUCACCCGCCGGCCGCUGCUCUCAAUCCCUCUCUCCCUGCUCUCAAUCUCUCUCCCUCACCUCGCCGUAAAGCCGUUCAAUCUUCCGCCGCAGCCGCACCGCACUCACUCUUUCUCUUCGUCUCGUUUGAGGUUGCUUCAACCUAUAAAAUCUUUGUGGACAUUGAAGGGAGUUACGUUGGUUUCUAAUGGCUGGACAGAUGUGCAAAGGAGGCCUUUGAUAAAUUUUAUUGGCAUUUGUGAAGGAGGACAUAUAUUCUUAAAAGUCGUUGAUGGCUCUGAUGAAUAUAAAGACAAGUUUUACAUGACCAACAUAUUUAAUUCUAGAUGGGCAGACAUUGAGUACGCCCCUGAUAAAAUUUCCUCAAAAAAUUUGCCCAGGCUCUCUAACAUUCCUGGAGUCGCCACUGACAAGGGGUGGGAUGAGAAAAAAUCUUUGAUUUAUGAGCCCAAUGGGCCAUCAACCCACAAAAUAUGUUCGAUGUUUUCUCUCCGCGCCUCCCAUGUAUCUUUUAUACCCCAAAUAUUCCAAUUUUGCUCUUGCUAAAAACUUCGAUUUGCAGAAAUCGAAGUUUUUUCUAGUUCAAAUUCAGGAAAAAUUCGGUUAAUAGGAACCGAAUUUUUUUUGCCAAUAGUAACCGAAAUUUUUAUUGAAGGGCAAAAAAGUAAAUUCAGGGUGAAAAAGAACCCUGGAUGAAAUAAUUGGAUUCUGUUUCAUAUUCUUUGUUCAGAAAUGGAAUCGAAUUAACACAGUUUCAAAAAUUUCAAUUCAACUGUUGCGUUUUUUGACAGAAGAAUCAAAUCAAAUCAAAUCAAAAUUGAGUGGUGUGGUUAAUAAAAUGGGAGGUGAGAAAACGAAGAGAGUGAUUUUCGUGACAGUAGGAACAACUUGUUUCGACGCACUUGUAAAAGCUGUUGAUUCUGAAACACUUCAAAAAGAGUUACUUGCAAAAGGGUAUACCCAUCUUCUUAUUCAAAUGGGUCGUGGAUCCUAUCUUCCUACCAAGUCUGAAGGAGAUUGUAAUUUGGUGGUAGAUUACUUCACUUUUUCUUCCAGUAUUGCAGACCAUAUCAAAUCUGCUUCUCUUAUCAUUAGCCAUGCAGGGUCAGGUAGCAUAUUUGAGACGUUGAAGCUAGGAAAACCUUUAAUUGUGGUUGUUAAUGAAGAUUUGAUGGAUAAUCAUCAAAGUGAACUAGGAGAAGAACUUGCCAACAGAAAACAUUUGUAUUGUGCUAGUCCUCAAACACUCCAUCAAACCAUAGUGGAUAUGGAUUUAAACGCUCUUGUUCCUUACUCUCCAGGUGAUGCCACACCAGUGGCCAAGCAUAUCAACAGAUUUCUUGGUUUUACCGACGAUUGAUCUGGCUUUCCUUUUUCUGGUUCAACGUCUCCGAGGCAAUUUUUUUGCUCUAUUAUCUGAGACUGUGUUUGUAAAGUUAAGAACUCUUGCACUUUGGUAUUACUCAUUAGACAUGUAACAUCUGCAGGUAAUGCUAAGUUGUGAUCCUCAAAUUUAGUCGCGAGGAAAAUUGUUUAAGAAAGGGGGAACUGUCUCCUGCAUGUUCAUAUUGUGUACUUGAUGUUGAGGUUAAUCAGGCAUCAUUAACCUAUUUGUACUGUUUGUUUCUA